AUGUUUCUCACGCUUGUUUUGUUCUGUUUGUGUUGUCUGACUGGUGUGUUUGGUGAUUCAGUGUUAGUGAUGGAGGGAGAUUCAGUCACUCUACACACUGAUGUUACUGAAAUACAUGAAGGAGCUAACAUACUGUGGAAAUUUGGAUCUAUGAUAGCUGAAAUCAGCGGAGUUUAUGGAAUCUUCACAUCUGAUGUUCCUGAUGGGAGAUUCAGAGACAGACUGAAGCUGGACAAUCAAACUGGAUCUCUGACCAUCACAAACAUCACAGCUCAACACGCGGGACCCUAUGAAGUACAGAUAAGUGGAAUGGAACUGUCAUCAAAAAAAUUCAGUUUAAAAAAAUUAAAUCAUUCAAUUUUUGUCUAUGCUCGUCUGCCCACUCCUAACAUUACCAGAGAUUCUUCACAAAACCUUUCACCAUCAUCAUCAUCACAGCAGAAUUGUUCCUUGCUGUGUUCAGUGGUGAAUGUGGGUCAUGUGACUCUCUCCUGGUACAAAGGAAACAGUUUAUUGUCCAGCAUCAGUGAGUCUGAUCUCAGCAUCAGUCUCUCUCUACCUCUGGAGGUGGAAUAUCAGGAUAAAAACAGCUACAGCUGUGUGCUCAACAAUCCCAUCAGCAACCAGACUCAACAUCUGAACAUCUGUGAACUCUGUUGGCCAUGUGCAGAUCAAGGUUUACCUUUAUUGUACAUAGUGUUGAUCUCUGCUGCAGGAUCUCUGUUGAUUGUAGCUGCAGUUGUGAUGUGUUGCAUCUGCAAGAAACAUAGAAAAACAGUUGAGAUCCAGGAGGAAGACAGAACGGAUUCAGCAUUGUGUAAACCAAAAACAAGAAAAACGAAAUCAAACGCAGAACAUGUGUAUGAAAAUGUACCCAAAAAACGAUGAUCAAAUAGGCCUACCAUCUGCGGCAGACAAUUCUAGAGAACAAUAACUAAAUUUUA